AUUUUCCAUUGAGAGAGAGAGAGAGAGAGAGAGAGCUUUUCGAAAAUGGCGUCGAUCUACACUCUCAUCUCCCAUUAGCCAACCUGGAGAAAGAAAAAAUGGAAGCAGCACCACCACAAUACGCGAAGCAGCGAUCGUACGGAGGUCCACCAAUAGAGAUGAUGACAAGACAGCAGGCGGCAUCGUCGCAGCAACACUCCAAUGACAAUGACAACGAUCGCAGCAGCGGAGAGCUUCGCGCCCUCGACUGUAACCUCACCUCCCUCUGCGACCACGUCCAGCUCGAAGGCUUCAACAAUGGCUCUUUCUCUGACAUCCUCGUCCACGCUAUGUCCUCCACCUACCGUCUUCACCGCCUCAUCCUCUCUCGCAGCUCCUACUUCAGGAACAUGCUUCAUGGUCCUUGGAAGGAAGCUAAUGCUCCAACUGUGACCUUGCAUAUUGACGAUAAGAAUGUUAAUGGGGAGGCAAUUGCAAUGGCUUUGGCAUAUCUUUAUGGGCAUCACCCCAAGCUUAAUGAUAACAAUGCAUUUCGUGUGCUUGCUGCUGCUUCUUUUCUUGACCUUCAGGAUUUAUGUGCAAUUUGCACGGAUUUUAUUAUAUCCGAACUGUGGACUUCAAAUUUCUUAGAAUAUCAGAUUUUUGCAGAGAGCCAAGAUUAUGGUAUACAUGGAGAACGUGUUAGAACUGCAUGCUGGGGAUACCUUUGUCAAAGUGGUGCCAUGGAGUUGAAAGAGGUGCUUCCGAAACUAUCUUCUCAAACUUUGCAUGCAUUGUUGACAUCAGAUGAACUGUGGGUACCUAGCGAAGAGAAACGGUUUGAAUUGGCAUUAUACGCAUUCCUUGCAAAAUGUUCUUUUUGCAAAGGAGAACAUCCAGAGCAAGGAAGUUCAUCUUCUGAGAUGGGAACAAGUACUCACUCUAGUUCUCCUAAAGUAAAGGGAAAGAAUUUGAUUGAUAGUGGCACUAAUAAACAAUUGGAAUCUGAACUGGGGUGCAUGAGUUUGAAUGAUGACCUUGAAGGUCAUAAUGCUGCUCAUAAUAUUUUGGUUGAACUUGCGGACUGUGUGGUUGAUUCUCAAACUGGGGUUCAUAGUUCAAGACAACAGGUGCAACAAGGUUCAUGCACCAAAUCACAUAUGGAGCCAAGAUAUCAUUGCAACAUUGAACGGCAUUCAUCAAGUAACUCAUUUUCAUAUACCGAUGAUGUUAGAUCCUCGUGUUCUUAUCUUGAAAUGCCAAUUGGUAUUGGAGCAAGUGGAUUAGCAGGUGAUGGUGGUGUUAUGGAAGGGCCAUCUGAAGAAGGAUCUUGCUACCAAUUUAAUAACAAUAGUUGGCUUUCCAGGGACCAGAGGCACUGCAAUUCGUUGAAUUCUUCAUACAAUGGGUUCAUGCCCAAUGAAUGGGGAAGAUGUGGCAUGCCUCCUCUAUCAUGGGGUGGCAGGAUUGUGGGUCGAAGACAGGUAAAAGGUUAUGCCAAAGGGAACUGUGGGGUGAGUGGGGAAGAAUAUGAUUCGUUUGUCAAUAUUUUUGAAGGAGGUUCUCUUUUAUAUUGUAAUAUGUCUUUUGAAGCACUUUUAAAUGUGAGAAAGCAUCUUGAAGAAUUGGGGUUCCCUUGCAAAGCCAUCAAUGAUGGUCUUUGGCUGCAGAUGCUUUUGAGCCAACGGGUGCAAGAAAUCAGUGCUGACACUUGCAAAAAUUGUUGCCUUGUCAGUAUGUCAUGUGCAUGCAGGCAACAAUUUGGGUUUUCACAUGGAGUUUCUGCUCCUGGUUAUUGUGUGCAAGAGCAUGAUCAUAAUAAUCAAUCAGGCAACAUGGGAAAUGUUUAUGUCACUGAUUCCACCCAAGGUGAAGGAAACGGCCUCUUUAGGCCCGUGAGAGUUCAUGUUAGGGGGGCUAUUGAUGGACUAGCCGGUAUUGGACGUGGAACCACAUUUGUGCCCGCAACUGCUUGGCCUCCAACACGUUUUGUCUUUUCUCGUGUACCAUAUGGUAUGGGCAACCGAAACUGCCAGCAGUCUCUUGCCAAUGAUGAUUCAGAGGCUCGAGCUGACCACAAUGGGGACCUGACUGGGGAUGGGUUGACAGCUUUGGUUGGGCUCAGCCAAGGUGUGAACAUGGCCAAUGCUCCUGGAGAUCAAACAGAUAGAGGGUAUGAGACGGAUCUACAAAGCAGAUUGGCUGGACCUUCUGUUGCUGGGCCUAGUACAAGUGGCAUUACUGUGCAGAUGCUAGAGUCACCGGAGCACACCAUUGGAAUUGAGUGGGAGAAUGCAAACAGUUCUAUAUCCUUGGAUAUGAAAACACCUUUGAAUCACUUCCCUCCCUUCCGCUUUGCGGUGGAAUUCCAGGAUGUGCACAGGCUCAGUGAUGGCCAAGUGAAGCACUCUCCAGAAGUAUUUUAUGCUGGUUCUUUGUGGAAGGUUAGUGUUCAUGCUUUUAAUGAUGAAGACCCUCAAGGACGCAGGACUCUUGGAUUAUUUCUUCAUCGACGGAAGGCAGAGAUAACAGAUCCCCUUAGAAAGGUUCAUAUGUACAUGGAUUCUCGUGAAAAGGUCACUGCACGGUAUCAGUUGAUUUGUCCAUCAAAAAGAGAGGUCAUGGUGUUUGGAAGCUUGAAACAGACGGGAACUCUUUUGCCUAAAGCACCCAAGGGAUGGGGUUGGCGCUCAGCUUUGUUAUUUGACGAGCUUGGCGAUUUUCUCCAAAACGGGGCCUUGCGAGUAGCUGCUGUUGUGCAGCUGGUUUGACAUUGUAAGGAAGUUCAGUUGCAUUUUACGAAACGCUUGUUUUAUUAAUGUAAUGUUUCUCAUGUCACAUGGAAUGUGUAAAAAAUAUAUAUUUUUUGUUUGGCAAUGAAAAACAAUUUAUUAAAAAA